CAGAUUUAUUGCCUUUCCAAGGCUGGGGUACGAUCGAUAUUAAAUAAUUGUGUACCUCAUUCGCUACUGGGUCCAUGACAGCUAAUUUAAUUAUUACAUGUUUGCUUGCACUCUACCACGCUGUUCGUUUAGGCGCUCUCUCUCUCUCUAGUUUUUGCUCUCGCCAGCUCAUGUUGUUGGGAUUGGAGCAACAAAGCUUAUCUCUCAGUUGGUACUGAGCAUUUGCUGUUGUUGGUUGUGGACGUUGGCGUCUACGACGUGCGCCGUGGGCUAGAAAAGAAAUUAACACAAAAUAAACAAAAACUAUUUUUAGGCUGUGAAAUCGAAAAUUGCAGUGCAUAAUUUUAAGACUGCACCACUAAAACACGAUUUCAUAAUUAGGACAAUGCCGCCAGUCGACUGCAAAUCACAUCGCGGCACCAAAAUAUCGGUCAUCCUAUUGGGCAGCGCCCUCUGCUUUGUUAUGAUGGCAUAUUUUGUGUUUGGGGACAGCAACGAUGAGCAGGGCUUGCGGAAUCUACGCAUGAUAUCCAUUCUGUUUCGUCAUGGAGCCAGGAAUCCGACCGAGUUCUAUCCGAAUGAUCCCCAUGUGGCGCACGAUUGGCAGGCUGGUCCAGGCGCACUCACAAGGGUUCACUGCAGGCCUACAAUCUGGGAAAGAAUAUGCGCAUGCGCUACUAUCGGCUACUGCCCUCCAAUAGCAUCUACACACAACAGCAGAUUCAUGUGCUCAGCUCGGCCGCGGAGUGGUGUGAUGAGCGCACAGAGCGUGUUGGCCGGCUUCAUGCCACCGCUAGAGAACAAUAAUGUAUUGCCCAUACCUUGGCAGCCGGUAGCGAUAAAUACGUUGGCCCGCAGCGACGACAUUCUGCUUGCCCAGAAGAAGCCUUGUCUGAAGUAUGACACCAUAUUGCAAAAGCUGUACAAGAAUCCGCCCAAAGAUCUGCAGAGAUUGAACGAGGAAAACAAGGAGUUGUACAAGUUGCUCACAAAAAACACCGGAAAGAACAUUUCAACAGUGCUCGAUGUUGAGAUGCUCUACAACACACUGAAGACCGAAGAGGAGGCCAAUCUAGUGCUUCCAGAUUGGACAGAAAAUAUCUGUCCAGAGUCCAUGAAACCGCUAGCAGAGCGCAGCUACACACUUCACCGAAACGAAUCUCAUGAAGCGGAUCAAAGGUGGUGCGUUUCUCACCGACGUAGUCAAGAAAAUGCAGAACAGCGUCGAAAGAAUUUAAAUCCGGACCGCAAGAUAUUUUUAUACGCUGGCCAUGACGUGACAAUGGUCAAUGUUAUGAACUCACUAAACAUAUUGGAUCAGACGGCAAACUUGCCAGAUUAUGCCGCUGCUCUAGCCUUUGAACUGCAUCACAGCAAAUCCUUCAGCGAUGAUGAUUUCGAGGUUAAACUCGUGUACUACUACAACAGCGAGGACAAGUUUCCCAAAGAGUUGAUCAUACCCAAUUGCGAUGCACCCUGCUCCCUAACGCAAUUCGCCAAAUCGCUGAAUGCUUUGCUGCUGGACAACUACGAUGAGACGUGUGAGAAUCCGACGCCAGAUUGCAAGGCAUAGGGCGCUCUUUGUUUCUGACUGUGAAAUAUUCAAAAAUGUAGGUGUUAUUGUUGGAACUGUGCUAGUAAAAGGUUUUAAAUACAUACAUCAUACGACA